CGGCCUUGCGGGGCGUCUGGGCGGUACCGGGGAGGGCUGGAGGCGGCGGCUCCAUCGGCUGUCACGCCUGGGCUGCGGGUCAGGGUCGUCGUCCUGUGGGUGACCCCCGUGGAGUGAGCGGCAGCCCUGGGGUCCUGGACCAGCGGACAAGGAUUCGCCUCGCCGACUGCUGCUGCUUGGGCAACAAGUGAUUAGAUCUGCUUGGUAAACCUGGUGUGUCACCAUGCUGGCUGCAAGGUUUGUGUGUCUCCGGACACUACCUUCCAGGGUUUUCCACCCAGCCUUCACCAAGGCCUCCCCUAUUGUGAAGAGUUCCAUCACGAAGAAUCAAUGGCUCUUAACACCCAGCAGGGAAUAUGCCACCAGGACAAGAAUUGGGAUCCGCCGUGGGAAAACUGGCCAAGAACUCAAAGAGGCUGCAAUGGAACCAUCAAUGGAAAAAAUAUUUAAAAUUGAUCAGGUGGGGAGGUGGUUCGUUGCUGGAGGAGCUGCUGUUGGUCUUGGAGCAUUGUGCUACUAUGGCUUGGGAAUGUCUAAUGAGAUUGGAGCUAUUGAAAAGGCUGUAAUUUGGCCUCAGUAUGUGAAGGAUAGAAUUCAUUCUACCUAUAUGUAUUUAGCAGGAAGUAUUGGUUUAACUACUUUGUCUGCUUUAGCAGUAUCUAGAACACCUGCACUUAUGAACUUCAUGAUGAGAGGCUCUUGGGUGACAAUUGGUGCGACCUUUGCAGCCAUGAUUGGAGCUGGAAUGCUGGUACACUCCAUAUCAUAUGAGCAAAGCCCAGGCCCAAAGCAUCUUGCUUGGUUACUACAUUCUGGUGUGAUGGGUACAGUAGUAGCUCCUCUGACGAUAUUAGGGGGACCUCUUCUUAUCAGAGCUGCAUGGUACACAGCCGGCAUUGUGGGAGGCCUCUCUACUGUGGCCAUGUGUGCACCCAGUGAGAAGUUUCUGAACAUGGGAGCACCCCUGGGAGUGGGCCUGGGUCUCGUCUUUGUUUCCUCACUGGGAUCUAUGUUUCUUCCACCUACGACUGUGGCUGGAGCCACUCUGUACUCAGUGGCCAUGUAUGGUGGAUUAGUCCUUUUCAGCAUGUUCCUUCUGUAUGAUACUCAAAAAGUAAUCAAGCGUGCAGAAGUAAUACCAGCAUAUGGAGUUCAAAAAUAUGAUCCCAUCAAUUCGAUGUUGGGGAUCUACAUGGAUACACUAAAUAUAUUUAUGCGAAUUACAAGUAUGCUAGCAUCUGGAGGCAACAGAAAGAAAUGAAGUAACAGCUUCUGGCUUCUCUACUGAAUCAGAUGUCUUGCUUGUUUAUAACAGCAGAUAUUUGUCACAUAGUUUGUACAAGCAGCUUUCCAUGAUGUUUAGAAGUUAGGAACAUAUGUUGUCAACAUGUUUAAAAUGUUCCAGUAAUGUGAUGCUUCAGGUUUGCUUUUUCUUUUAGAGAAUAAAUUCAAUAGUUCUCUUCCAAAUAAGCACAUACAUUUCCAAUUCUCAUUUUUAAAAUACUUUAACAAAAUGUGAAAUCUAAGGUUUGUGUUAUAAGAAUUUAAGGUUUUAAGUUUAUUGGGUUGAAUUAGCAACCUCACGUUUGCCUGCAUAUUUGGGGGGAUACAGAAUGUUGAAAAUACGGGUUUUGGUAUAGAGACCAGAGAGAAGUAAAAGAUCACUUGCAGUAUUUUGUUGAAUACUUAUGUCUUAGCUAUGUGAUCAUGAGGAGCCAGUAAGAGUUAUCUUAAGUAUUUGGAAACAGUGCUAUUUUCACGAGUCUAUGAAACAAAGACAGAGGUGACUAAAUCUGCUCUACUUCUCAUGUCUCUACAUUGUAGAUGAAUUGGUUGGCUUCUCAUUGUUAGGGCAGCCCAAAGUAUUAUCAUACAGAGAAUUCCUGAUAGAAUUAUGUGAGUUUUACUAUUGAAUCUUUUCUUUCAAGAUAAAAUAUUUAUUUGAAACAAAAUUUGUUGCUUUUUUUCAAGUACACAAAAGAUGUGUUUAUAAUUGCUGAGGAUUUGUUGCAUACUUAUUGUCUAAUUAAAUAUAUGAUUGCUUUUCUCAUCUCUUCAAACUUGGAAGCCUUUUUCCAGAAAAGUCUGUUGCUUACACUGGAGAUUAUGAAAGCAGUUUUCUCAUAAAACUGUUGGUUUCUUGCAUUCCCUCUGAGACUAAGCACUUAAUAAGCAAGCAACUCAGACCCUGUCUCUAAAUAAAAUACAAAAUAGGGCUGGGGAUGUGGCUUGGUAACUCAGUACCCCCCCCCCAAAACCCCCCUCCUCCCCAAAAAAGGAGUGUUUGUGAAAUGUAUGAAUCAGAAGUGUAAUAGGGAAAGUGCUCCAUUAGUGUCCACUAGCAGAGUUUUUGUUCUGUUCUGCAUAAACCAUUAUUUAGCUUUUUGUGAUUAUAAGUUUUUUGAUACAAAAGUUAUUUUUGAAAGUCUUUAAUGAAUGGGAAGAAAUAUGUAUGAUUAUUGAGAUGAUUGCUGUUUUUGAGAAAUAUUUAUUACAGUAAUCCAGAAAUAGCUAUUUUAACCAUCUCAAAGUAUGAAGGUUGCUUAUUUCCGAAAUAAUAAAGGUUUCAACCAGA